CGCGCGCGGACAAAGUCAUAACGAACGUCUUCACUCUUCUCAUUUAAAAUGAAAAAUAAAUCAAAAGGUUACGUGAACACAAGAUAUUUGGAGAUUUUCAUCGGAUUAUUCAGUGGUCACAAUAAAAGCACACGUAAAACGUGAGGACUUUAGAAAAAAAGAACUUCCAAUAAUAAACCUCUUCCGACUGUUGUGAACAUGACAUGUGCAAAUGUGAUGUCGAGAUUGGGCAGCCCUGCUAUGCCCGUCACUGUGUUGUCUAUGGAUUUGACCAUCGGCUUCAGGUGCAGAAACUCACCGAACUUCAACCACCUGCUACGGGUGUCCUCUCCCAAACCUCUGCGGCCCUGUAUCGCCCGUCACCCAGCAUUAGAGUACAGCCACUCUCCAUCAACAGCCCUUAUAACAACAACCAAGACCAGCCGCAGGAGGAAGCGCGUCGCGUUUGCCGACUCCAAAGGGCUUUCUCUCAUCACGGUCCGUCUGUUCUCCGAGAAAGAAGAGACAAUCCCAUGCGAACCCCUGAAAAUGCCACGGCUGAAGAAGCUGAACUGUGUUAAAGUGACGCCGAGGUUGCGUCUGGGGUUUGACCAGCCUUGCAUCGAUUUCCAGUCGUUCAGAAGUCGCAUGCAAGAAAACAUGGUGCUUUUGGAGAGCUGUAAGGUCACCAACCACUCCGUCAUGGGCACCGUGCGCGUCAGAAAUGUCUGCUUCGAGAAAGCGGUUCAUAUUCGUAUUACUUUCGACACUUGGCGCAGUUACCUGGACGUGCCGUGUACUUUCCUGGAUCAGUGUUAUGGUGAGCCUGGAACAGAUGUGUUCGAGUUUAACAUCACCGUUCCUAAACAAAUAACCCCCCGAGGAUGGGUUGAAUUUUGCGUGUCAUACUUACCCGGUGGAUUUAGUGAUGCUGUGUGGGACAAUAAUUAUGCCAAAAACUACUGUAUAUAUGUUUGUGACGCUUAAGUAUUGAAACUACCUGCUGUCUUCAAUACAGCUAUGCACUUUUUUUCUGUGUAUAAACCCAUCAGGGUGACUAACUUUGCACUUUGUUACAAACAUGCUGACUUGAUUAGCACAAAGAACUGAUUUGAAGUGUCCUGAUCACUAAGAGGAUUCUGAGUAUUUUCCCCCAGUGUUUAAGAAAUGAUUUUAGGAACUUGACAUUUGCUUGUAUUUAGCACUAAAAAUCUUAAAUAAACGGGAUAAUGUAAUUUAGUGAGUUUUAUUUCACAUUUUAUCAAAUUUAUUUUUGUCAUUUUAUUUUAUCAAAUAAAUGUAAAGUGUUUAAGUAAUAGGCCUAUUUGCCUCACUUCCUAUGUAAUGAUUUUUUCAGGUCAGUAGAUGACUAACUGAAUUAAACUACACAGGAGACGUUACAUACACUAUUGGCAGGCUAUGAAUUUGAACAUCAAUUUCUUUACUGUUAUUAUUAUUGGGUUGUUCCAAAUUUUAGAAACUUUCUGGCAGAAAUUUUUGAUUUUAUCAAUGCUUUUUCUGAAGAAAGAGAAGCAUAAAUAUGAUGAAAGCCAAAUGUGGGUCACCAAGUAUGAGGCAAAUGUUUCUUGUCCAAAAAACAGAGGAGAAAAAAUUCUAUAUAGCUUCAUGCUAUGUGACCCACAUUUGGUUUUUCAACCAUUGAAAAUGUGUAACAUUUUACCAUUUUUGCAUGGAGCCACACUGAAAUUUAACCAUAGAUGCCUUUAAUAAUAUGCCAAUAGAAGAGUUUGUUCUGAACCAGAAUCUAAAAUGAUUUUAAGAUAUAUUUAAUCCUUCUGGAGUUAUAGGCUCUUCAACUUUGGAAAAACACAAGUGGUGUUUUUUGUUUUUUUUUUUCCAAGUUUUGGACUCUUGCCAUUGGGGUGCUGAAGUCAACUGAUUUUAGGAAUAGAU